AUGGUUAUCACAAACAAGGUUUUUGAUUCAACAUGUUGGUUGAUGUUCGUGCCCAAGUCAAAGCGCAGCCAGGCGCACUGUUACCCUCAAAACUCCAUGGUCCAAUCAAGGCCUCCAUACCGGCGGGGUAUUACUACGACUGGUUAUACUUACAAGCAUGCGAGUGAACAAGAAAAAAAGGGAAUAACCUUGGCCCUUACUUUCGUCGAAUAUACCAAGCUUGGCCUUGAGCAAAUUGCCACAUCUCUGCAGACCAGCAUAUCUCCGCGCUAUGCUCGCUGCUCGAAAGCGGGUAGGGAAAACCCACCCCGCGUUGAGGGUCUGUCUGGACAAUGUCUGAACACCAAGGAAGCCGGCGGGCAUCACAGCACCACGUUUUUACUCGGGCGUAGUACGAGUAGAUUGUGGAGACACUUUCUGCGCGAGACCUGUUACUCGCAAAAGCAGCUGGUGACGGAGCAGGCAGUAUGCUCGUCGAGCCAUGAGAUUUAA